AUUAUUAAUAAAAAAUUCUGGAAAAUUUGAAAGUGGUAGUGGUAGUGGAGAUCAGGAGGGAGGUCAGCAUGAAGAUGGAAUUGAUAUUGCAGCGAAAAAAAGAAAAACUCGUAGAGGCUUAAUACACUGUGAAUCGUUGCUAACUUCGUGGCGCGUGAAAUUGAAAAGCACGCAAGGCCAGCGUUUGGUCGUAUCUUAUGGUUGAAGUGUUAACAAGUUUCUAAAAGUUGUUGGAUUAAAUAUUAUGAAAGCGAUGUCUCAUCAUUAUGUAGUAACGGCACACAAGCCUACAGCUGUCACCGCAUGUGUGACAGGUAAUUUUACUUCCCCUACGGAUUUGAACCUCAUUUUAGCAAAAAAUGUUCGAUUAGAAAUAUAUCUUGUUACUCCAGAAGGUUUAAGACCAUUAAAAGAAGUUGGAAUUUAUGGGAAAAUUGCAGUUGUUAAGUUUUUUCGGCCGCCGCAUGAAAAAAAAGAUCUUUUGUUUCUUUUAACUACACGUUAUAAUGCUAUGAUUUUGGAAUGUAUUGGAGAAGGAGAAAAUAUAGAAAUUAUAACAAAAGCACAUGGAAAUGUAGCAGAUCGUAUUGGAAAAGCUUCAGAAACAGGAAUCAAAGCUGUAAUUGAUCCUAAAGCACGUGUAAUUGGUCUACGAUUAUAUGAUGGUCUCUUUAAAAUUAUACCUCUUGAUAAAGAUAAUCCAGAAUUAAAAGCAUCAUCAAUACGUAUGGAAGAACAUCAAGUACAGGAUGUAAAUUUUCUUCAUGGAUGUGCUAAUCCUACAUUAAUUUUAAUUCACCAAGAUAUUAAUGGAAGACAUGUUAAAACACAUGAAAUUUCUUUAAGAGAUAAAGAAUUUGUUAAAAUACCUUGGAGACAGGAUAAUGUAGAACGUGAAGCUAUGAUAGUUAUUCCUGUACCUUCUCCUAUUUGUGGUGCAAUAAUAAUAGGUCAAGAAAGUAUAUUAUAUCAUGAUGGGAAUACAUAUGUUGCUGUUGUGCCUCCAAUUAUCAAACAGAGUACUAUUACAUGCUAUGCUAAAGUCGAUAAUCAAGGACUUCGUUAUUUGUUAGGAGACAUGGCUGGACAUUUGUUUAUGUUAUUUGUAGAACAAGAAAAAAAAACAGAUGGUACGCAAGUUGUGAAAGAUUUAAAAGUUGAACUUCUAGGAGAAAUUAGUAUACCAGAAUGUAUUACAUAUUUAGAUAAUGGAGUAAUAUUUGUUGGUAGUAGAUUGGGUGAUUCACAAUUAGUUAAAUUAAUUACAAAAGCAGAUGAAAAUGGUUCGUAUUGUGUACCAAUGGAAACAUUUACAAAUUUAGCACCAAUAGUUGACAUGGCAGUAGUUGAUCUUGAAAGACAAGGUCAAGGACAGAUGGUUACAUGUUCUGGAGCUUUCAAGGAAGGUUCUCUUAGAAUUAUAAGAAAUGGAAUAGGUAUUGAAGAACAUGCAAGCAUAGAUUUGCCAGGUAUCAAGGGUAUGUGGGCAUUAAAAAUUGGUGGUGGCAAUUUUGAUAAUACCUUGGUUUUAUCUUUUGUUGGACAAACCAGAAUUUUGACCUUAAAUGGAGAAGAAGUUGAAGAAACAGAUAUUCCAGGUUUUGUUGCUGAUGAACAAACUUUCCAUACUGGGAAUGUUACAAAUGAUUUAUUUAUUCAGAUAACGCCAACAUCUGCUAGAUUAAUUUCAUAUGAAACUAAAACAGUUGUUUCUGAAUGGGAGCCAGAAAAUAAAAGAACUAUUAGUGUAGUUGCUUGUAAUGGCACACAAGUACUUUGUGCUACUGGAAAUGAUUUAUUUUAUUUAGAAAUUUCAUGUGGGCAAAUUUUACCAAAAGGAUUUACUACUUUACAAUAUGAAGUUGCUUGUUUAGAUAUAUCUCCAUUGGAUGGUAAUACAGAAGCAAAAAUUGCUGCAGUAGGUUUAUGGACACAUAUUUCUGUUCAUAUUUUAACUUUACCUGCUUUAGAAGAAAUUAAUAAAGAAUUACUUGGUGGUGAAAUUAUACCUAGAUCUAUUUUAAUGACAUGUUUUGAAGGUAAUACAUAUCUGCUUUGUGCUCUUGGAGAUGGUAGCAUGUAUUAUUUUACUUUACACAAGCAAAAUGGUAUACUUUCUGACAAAAAGAAAGUUACUUUAGGUACACAACCAACAGUUUUAAGAACUUUCAGAUCAUUGUUCACCACUAAUGUUUUUGCAUGUUCCGAUAGGCCUACUGUAAUUUAUUCGUCGAAUCAUAAACUAGUAUUCAGCAAUGUUAACUUAAAGGAGGUAAAUCAUAUGUGUUCUUUAAAUGCAGAAUCAUAUCCUGAUAGUUUAGCAUUAGCAACUGAUAGUACAGUAACAAUUGGAACAAUUGAUGAAAUUCAAAAAUUACACAUUCGAACUGUUCCUCUUGGAGAAUCACCAAGACGAAUUGCUUACCAAGAAAGUUCUCAAACAUUUGGAGUAAUAACAAUGCGUGUUGACAUCCAGGAUAGUAGUGGUGUUAGCAUUGUAAGACAUUCAGCAUCUACACAAGCAGCUUCUACAUCUAGCAGCAGUCAUAUUGCAUCUUAUAAUAAACCUACAGGACAUACAGCUAGUGACAUUUGUCAAGAAAUUGAAGUACAUAAUCUACUUAUCAUUGAUCAACAUACUUUUGAAGUUUUACAUGCACAUAUGUUAAUGCCCACUGAAUAUGCAUUAUCAUUGAUAUCAACAAAAUUAGGUGAAGAUCCUACUUCCUAUUACAUAGUUGGAACUGCACUUGUUCAUCCAGAUGAAACUGAACCAAAAAUGGGUAGAAUACUUUUAUAUCAUUGGAGUGAUGGAAAACUUACACAAGUAGCUGAAAGAAUUAAAGGAUCAUGUUAUUCUUUAACUGAAUUUAAUGGAAAACUUCUUGCUAGUAUAAAUAGCACUGUUCGUUUAUUUGAAUGGACAGCAGAAAAAGAACUCAGAUUAGAAUGUAGUCAUUUUAAUAAUAUUAUUGCUCUUUACUUAAAAAGUAAAGGCGAUUUUAUUUUAGUUGGAGAUCUUAUGAGAUCUCUUACAUUGUUGCAAUAUAAAACAAUGGAAGGUUGUUUUGAAGAAAUAGCAAGAGAUUAUAAUCCAAAUUGGAUGACUGCCAUUGAAAUUUUAGAUGAUGAUACCUUUUUGGGUGCAGAAAAUUGCUUUAAUUUAUUUGUUUGCCAAAAAGAUAGUGCUGCCACUUCAGAAGAUGAAAGACAACAAAUGCAAGAAGUUGGACAAUUUCAUUUGGGUGAUAUGGUUAAUGUUUUUCGACAUGGAUCUUUAGUAAUGCAAAAUUUAGGUGAAUCAAGUACACCUACACAAGGUUGCGUAUUUGGUACUGUUAGCGGUGCAAUUGGUUUAGUUACACAAAUUCCAUUUAUAUUUUAUGAAUUCUUAAGAAAUCUUGAAGAUAGAUUAACAAGUGUAAUAAAAAGUGUUGGUAAAAUAGAACAUAACUUUUGGAGAAGUUUUAAUACAGAAUUAAAAAUUGAACAAUGUGAAGGUUUUAUAGAUGGAGAUUUAAUCGAAAGUUUUCUUGAUUUGAGUCCUGAUAAAAUGGCAGAAGUUGCAAGUGGUCUUAUGAUUGACGAUCCCAGCGGCAUGAAAAAAGAAGCAACAGUAGAUGAUCUUGUAAAAAUAGUGGAAGAUCUUACAAGGAUACAUUAGGCAUAAUUUUUGCUGAUUCUUGUAUAGUUUAUUAUAUUUUGAAAGGCUCACGAAUAGAUUUAUAAGAAAAAUCUUAAAUAUUUGAGAAACUAAUUAAGAAAUGUAUAAACAUUUAUGUAUUUAUCAUUAUUAGUACAAGAUAGCAACAAACUAUAUUUUUCUUCUUUCUAAUUUUUGUGGAAAUCAUAUUGUUUUGUUUUCUUGUUGUAUAUGCUUGUACUUUAAUUGUACUGUUUAUAUUAUCAUGAUAGUUUGCAUCAAAUCUCGUACAUACGCAUAUAUAAAUAAUCAAAAAGUUUCUAAACUUAUUUUAAAAAUAUACUAUUAGUAUAAAUCGAUAAAAAUAAAAAUCAAAUGUUUUCAAUAUAUCUAUUUCAGUAUUCUUAUAAUUAUAUCAAAUACAAUGUAUUUCUUGUAAUAAUAAAUAACAUUUAUUUAAAUAAUUUUUAUUUUAAAUUAAUUUAGAAACUUUUUGAUUGAUAAUUAUAUAAUUUUUUUUUUAACGUUUCGAAAAUAUAUUAAAAAAUACAUGAGUUAAUUAAUUAUAUUAACAUCAAAUUAUAUGAAUCUUGUACGCUCAAUAUUAAAUAAUUUCACUUUUGAAGAAAUUUUUAGAUUUUCUAGAAAAAUCUGACAAAUGUUAUUGAAAAGUUAUUCAUAGAAUCCUUAUAUUAUUUGUAACAUUGAGUGUAAAUAAAAAAAAAUAUCCAUUUUCUGA